AGGAGAGAAGACAUCGGUGAUACAAAAAUUGAAAGAGUUGGAAUGCCGCGACAGAGAGAAAUGGAAGAAGGAGGAAGAAAAGAAACACAGAAAGGGAGACCAGGUGAUGAUCCACUUUCCAUGAUUUUAUUAUCUAUUAAUAUUUGAGGAUUAGGGGGGAUUGGUAAAAAAAGGGAGAUUCGGGAUUUGGUUGCCAAACAAAAAGUGGAUGUUUUGUUUAUCCAAGAAACUAAAAUGGAGAGAGUAGACAAAUGUUUAUGUAGAAUGGUUUGGGAUUUGGAUAAUUUUGAGUGGGUUGCUCAACCUGCUAAUGGUGCAUCAGGAGGAAUUUUAAUUAUAUGGAAUUCUAAUAUUUUCAAGAAAAUUGGUUGCUUAGAAGGUGCAGGAUUCCUGGGAGUAGUGGGGUUUUGGGGAGAAGAAAACAUCCCCUGUUAUUUGGUAAAUGUAUAUUCUCCAUGUGAUUUGGCGAGUAAGAGAAUCUUAUGGGAGAAUUUAUCAAAUAAAAUCUGUUCCAAUAAAGGAAACUGGUGCAUAGCUGGAGAUUUUAAUGCCAUCAGAAAUCUUCAAGAAAGGAAAGGAGGUAUAAGUGUAAGGAGGGAGUUGAAGGAAUUUAACGAGUUUAUUGAGAUAAGUGGGUUGGUAAACCUCCCUAUGAUAGGGAGAAAAUUCACUUUGUACCAGCCGAAUGGUAAUUGCAUGAGCCGCUUGGAUAGAUUCUUAUUUUUUGAGGAAUGGAUGCUUAACUGGACAGAUUUGAAGCAAUGGGGGUUAGCGAGGUCACUGUCAGAUCAUUGCCCAAUACUGGUGAAGGAUGAAGCAUGUAAUUGGGGCCCAAAACCCUUCAAAUUUUAUAAUGUGUGGUUGCAAGAUCUAGCAUUUAGAGAAAUGAUAGAGAAACAAUGGGACAGCUUUAACAUCCAAGGGUGGGGAGGUUUUGUGCUCAAAGAAAAGAUGAAACUAUUGAAAAAUAGUAUGAAGGUCUGGACCCGAAAUCAUGUACAGGUGGUUGACAAACAAAUUGAGGAAGCAAAAGAGACAAUAGCCAAACUUGAUUGUAAAGGGGAAGUACAGCAGCUAAGUGAGGAGGAAGGCAUCCUCAAGAGGGAUCUAAUGCUAACUCUAUGGCAAAAUAUUCAAACAAAAGAAGAAAUGGCAAGACAAAAAUCAAGGAUGACGUGGAUGAAGGAAGGAGAUGCUAAUACAAGCUUCUUCCACUGGAAUUUAUUUGCAAAGGAUGACUGGAAAAGGCCAGUCUUGGAGGGCAUGGAAUUUAACAAAAUUUCUGAAGCAGAAAAGGAGCUUUUAAUUGAACCGUUUCUUGAAUCAGAGGUCAAAGCAGCUGUAUGGAACUGUGACAGUGCAAAAGCCCCGGGUCCGGAUGGUCUGAGCUUUGGGUUUUUGAAAACAGAAUUGGAAGUGGUUAAAGAUGAUAUAUUGAAGUUUCUAGCGGACUUCCAUAUCAAAAGUAAGCUGAGGGGAUGGAUUCGAGAAUGUCUGCAAACAAACUCGAUAUCUGCUUUGCUCAAUGGUAGUCUAACAAAAGAGUUUACUAUGCGCAGGGGGUUAAGACAAAGGGAUCCCUUAGCUCUUUUCCUGUUCCUUAUUGUUGCGGAAGGGCUCAAUGGUAUCAUCUCAUCAGCAGUUGAAAAAGCACUUUUUGAAGGGGUCCAAAUUGGAAGAGGGGAUUUGAGGAUUUCCCACUUGCAGUUUGCGGAUGACACCUUAUUAAUGGGGAAAGCAACAGAGGAAAAUAUAUGGACCACAAAAUGUAUUAUGCAGGCCUUCGAACUAGUCUCCGGGUUGAAAAUAAACUAUGGGAAAAGUUCCUUGAUUGGAAUCAAUGUCAAUGAUGUAUGGGAGAAGGAAAUGACAUGUCUAUUGAAUUGCAAAUCAGGAUCUCUGCCUUGUAAGUAUUUGGGUAUCCCUUUGGGAGUAGACCUUAGAAGAAUAGCUACAUGGAAGCCACUUAUCGAUACCUUGAAAAGAAAAUUGUCUUCAUGGAGUGGGCGAUUCCUAUCCCUUGGAGGAAGAAUAACUCUCAUUAAUGCUGUGCUGACCAGCCUAUCGGUGUUCAUUAUGUCCUUCUAUCUCCUUCCAAAGAGCAUCAUAGGUGAGUUAGACAAAAUUAGGAGAAGAUUUUUAUGGGGGGGUGUCGGGGAGAGGAAAAAAGUUGCGUGGGUGGCAUGGGAGAAUUUACUUCACAAGAAACUCCCUACAAAAGAUAAUUUAGCAACUUACGGAAUCUUGACUGAUCAUAACAACCUAAGAUGCUGCUGGUGUAAUUCAUCAACUGAAACACCCGACCACUUGCUUGUUAACUGUAAUCUGGCUUCUAGCUUAUGGAUGAAAUGCUACAAGUGGUGGGGCAAGAAAUAUGUGUUAGGAAAUUCAUGUAUGAUGGUUUUGGAACAACACAAGUGGAUUGGGGGCCCAAAAUCACUAGAUAAAGAAUGGAACUUCAUUUGGUUUGCAGUAGUAUGGACACUAUGGUUGGGCAGGAAUGACAGGAUUUUCAAAGCCAAGGAAGCAAAGGCUUACUACUUUUUUCAGCUAGUUCAAACUCGAUCUUUUUACUGGGCAAAAAAUAUCGCAGGUCUGGAUGGAUUCUCCUUAACAAACUGGUGCAAGAAUCCAAUUAAAUGUUUAAAGACCAAAGCCAAAGAGAAAGACAGAGUAUGAACUGGACUGUCACGUUUGUGACGUCUUUGUACAGAAGCCGGUGAAAAAGAAACUUUGUAAUCGGCUGUUUUUGUAAGUAAAGGGUUGGAAUACCCCCUAUAUUCCAAAAUUAAUAAAUACUUUUGCCUUUC